AAGAAACGAAACUUGCCGACAGUCUGAAAUCACACGUCCAAAUCGCAAAGGUUACUGUGUAUUUCAUUGUGUAGUUUGUAAUCUUCGAAGAACAGGAUUGGGGUACUUUCCAAGUGAUUUAUAUAUAAAUAUGUCAUUAUGUUUGCGGAUGUCACAGUUCAUCAUGUUGCAUAUUGUGGUCCAGUUUCAAUGACUGUCACCUGAUUUAAAUGCGUAUAGGCACAUCAAGUUCAAACAGAGGCAUUUUUGUGCAACGAUUGUUGUAGAGUGAAGGCAAAGUCCUAAGCAUUUGAUCGUGACUCAUAAUAUAUAUUCUUGAACUGUAGGCCAUGAUAACGCACAACGAGGAAUGAACGUUUAGCGAUACUGCAGUAUAUAUGAACGAUCAUGUCUGCUAGUAGAAUAAUGGGGGUCUUCAACGGCCUGCAUCAUGGCGGGAACGGUACCCCAUCUCACCCUGACAUGAACAUACAGCUGACAGCAUCCACAAACUGUACCCGUGGACCCGACUGGACCCUCUUCAUUCAUUGUUGUAUACCACCAUCGCUCAUCAUAUUCUUAAUUCUGAGUUUCUUUGGGAAGAUGUACAACUAUCGACUCAGAUCAUUAUUUGGUAUUAAACAACUCGCCGUUGUCUUCCCAAUCAACCUCUUGGAUGACCACGAGCAUAGGUGGUCACACGCCUUGGCUUUCGGCGCCACAGCCUCUAUCAUCUUCGAUCUCUUCUCAGGGGAUUACACCAGUUUAUAUGUCAAAACAGGCCAAGUGGAACCUUGGCUCAAAAUAUUCCUAGGGGCAGUUGCGACUAUUGAGCUUGGCACGGUUCUUUUCCCCUUUUUCGCCUGCAUCUCUUCGCCAUCCCUUUUCGUUGGAUCCCUCCUUGGUUUCAUCUACGUAGCUAUAUGGUUUUCUGUUCAGUUAUCACACAUUAUCACCUGUCCCAAUAUUGACGGCGGGAAGGGGUUUCCAUACGAAUCUGUUAUCAUCCAACUUCCGGUACUCAUUUUCACAUUUCUUCUGAUGAUAAGGUUUCUUUACUUCCUCAUCAUAUCAAUCAUGAAGAAGAUACAGAACACCAAGAUAUCGAGUGAAGAGAAAUUGAUGCAAUCCUAUCAAGCCCAGCACGUGCAAGCUCUCCUCCGACCACCGCUCCCUCCCAGGAUCUACACAAAGAGAUGGGAAAUGAUUGCCUACCACUGGUACGAACCAACACAAAACUUCAUCUAUCCAACCCGAAUCAUUUGCACAUUUGUUGUUGCUGUACUUUGUGAAUACCAGAUCGCCAUCCGGACCACGUAUGGUUUGGACCAAGCUCUUAGCAAUGCAUUCAAGAAGUUUCGCGAAUGGUAUACCGUCUUCGUAAUAAGUGAAGAUAUCCCGCCUGCUACAGCCAAUCAGACGUAUUUAGCUCUUGAUCGUUACGAAACAGCAGCUCAUGUAUCCUGGUAUCUAGCCUGUGCGUUGUCUAUCGCCAUCUCUCUCUUGUAUAUUGCACAUAUCUUCGUCUGCUUCAGAAAACACGUUUUGAGGCUGUACAAAGGAGAUCGGAAAUUCUUGCCAGAUGCGUCUCUAAAUUCAGUCAAGAGCAUGACUGGCAGCUUGCAGUAUUGUGGAUUUCAAAUUGCGUAUUACUUGUCAGGUUAUGUCAUAAUGAACGUAAUGUGGUUCGUGGUGAUAUACGUGAUAAGCGGUGCUGUGGUCAUCCCUCUUAUCAAGAAUGCUUGGGCUUUUAUUUCUGGAUUUCUCAACGUUGUGGUACCUUUGUUUGCAGUUGCAUUCCUGGUGUUUGGUAGUCAACCUCUUCUGGCUAAAAGGGUCUUUCUCCAGCCAAAGUUAGAUCAAAAUGACAAAGAUAAGCCCCUGGCUCUUCAACACAGGGAUUUCUACCACAUCUUCUCCUACUUCUUGGUUUUUCUCAACGUGAUUGUUGGGAUGUUGUCCUGUGUGAUUCGAAUCUUGACUGGUCUUUUUGUUGGUGUGUUUCUCUUGUGUCGUAUUGAUCGUCCAAUCUUGAUGCGGGGAUAUGAACAUCUAGACCAAUCAUACCAGGCCUACAUCGGCAAUCUCAACAUGAUCAACGCGCACAGUCAUCCCGUGGUCGUCGUCUUCUGUCAGAUACUCGUCAACCGGAUCAUCAGUCGUAAGCGAGCCAAACUGGGGAGGGGAGGAGCCUCCGACCUGGCAGCGUCUUACAGCUUCGUGGAGCAUGAUGUCGAUCGAUCUAAUUCAAAGACAAACUCGUUUGGAAUAGUCAGCUAUGGCAGUACACAUAACACUUCGAGCACAUUGGGCAAGAGCAUAUCUCCACACGCUCGAGCGACAAUGCGAUGGCAGCUCGCUUACACUCUCCUCUUCAAUCCCAGUCUCCUGGGCACACGGAAGCGAUCCCGUCAGAUGAGCUACAAGGAAAUGGAGAAACGCAUCCUCAAGGUGGCGACUCUACUUCCUCACCGGCAGCAGGUCCUGAAGCGAUCCAAGGAGGCAUUCCCAGGGGGUCAGAUCGGUUUAGUGGGACCCACUGGAAGGGUCCGAUCAGCUCCAGGGCUGUUCUUGAAUCACCAGGAAGACGACAAGCUGGCCGCCAUGCUGCUGAACCGAGAGCUCAUGGACGACCGUUCCGACGUCGAGGAAGACAUACCGGAAGAGGUCAACGACGUUGAAGUUGUCGAGGUCAAAGUGAAGGACGAUGCUGCAGAGACCAUUCGAAACCAGGGGGGUGACGAAGGGAAACGGUCUGGGUUUGAGAGCCGUGUCGAAGACGAUGUUGUUGGAAAUAGUGUGCACCACGGUAUGAAAAGCAAACGUGGGACGGGUGAAUUGAAUGAACUGACACACCUGUCUCAGUUUAGCCAGGAUUCACAAUCAUCCAAAGACACUGAUAAGAAUUCAAGCAAUGCACAUCACAAUGAACAAGCGUCCGGUAAACAUGUCAACGACAAUGUCGUUGAUGAUACAAUCGACGAUGCAGACGUUUGUGCUCAGGAACCGAGUAAAAUUGUCGUUUAUCUCGACGGCCCGUCAUCAUCGAGCACGGAAGAUCACGAUCACACUAAAUCAAAGGACCACUUGUAAUCAAGUUGAGAAUUGUACAGUGCGUCCAAGAAAAAAGGAAACCGGAAUUUCCAUGUCUCUUUUAAAGACAAAUGACUUAAUAUGAUUAUGAAUUUACAUAUACAUAUACUUCAAUCAUUCUUUAAUUUGUAUUAUUUAAGAUGCUCUCACUGAUCCCUGAAACGAGAAAGGAUUCAGAUCUACACGUGAGUUUCUACGCAAAUCGUUUCUGAUUCAGUAUUUUGAACAAUUUGCUAAGGUGUUGGUUUCAAAUUAGAUGUUAGAUUGAUAGAUUCCACCCUUGCCCUGAGUAUUAGUAAAAAAAAACAUAUUCAAUAAUAAAUAUUGUGAAAUCUAUAUCUGAAAACAGAUUUCCUUUUUUGUGGGACGCACUGUAUAACAAAUCAAAGUUGUUUUUUUGCUUAUUAACUUUUUAGAAUUCUUCAUCACAAAAUGGCACUAGGUGACUCCAUGUCUCCAUUUGUACAAGGUUUCUGAUAUUUGAUACUAAUGUCUGUGCACACCGUUAGUUUUUAAUUCAAGGCUACACCAUGUACACUGUCAUCAUUAUAUCCUAAAUUAUGAUGAUGGGUAUCCGAAUACAGGCGCAGAGAGAAGAAAGAGAUAGACGUACGAGGGGGACAUAGAUUAAGAGUUAGGGGUGGGGGGGGGGGUUCUAACUAAAAAGGGGAGAGAGCUUAACCUUCUCCGUAAUUUUCUUACUUUUUAUAACUCAAACUAAGUGUGCUUUCAAUCGAAUUUGUGCCAGUUAAGAGAUAACACGUCACAAAAACAGGAUGAGAUUGACUUAUUCUAAAUGAAGCAGUCGAAAUGCUCUACUUUUUCCACCGUCCUUAACACGCUUAAUGUCUGUUUAUUUCAGCCAUGCAAUAGGAUAAUCCAUUAAAAGGGUUUUUGAUUCAGUCGUAAUGGGCGCCUACAAAAUGCGAUGCCAUAAAACAUAAUAAAAGGUACAUUAUUAAUAAUCCUUUCAUUAUUCCAAAUCACCACGACUGAUGACUCGGAAGUGAAGAAUGUGAUGAACAGAAAGCUCAGUAUAAUCGGGUUAAUUCCUCAUAAAUAAAUUCAGUCUUAAAUUAUUCGUGAUAAAAACAUGUAUGAUGGGGACAAUUUUAAUAAACAAACCGUACGAUUCUGCCAUUUACUGUGGGGUGUUACACGUUAUGAUAACUGGCCAAUCUUUUAAUUGGCACCUCUUUUACAGUGUUCGUUGUAAUGUCAUCAGAAAUAAAUCAU